UGAAUACAAAUUCACAAACACAUUGAUUGAUCUCCUCACGACUUCAAUUUUUUUUUUCUCUUCUUUGAUUGAUCACUGUAGCAUUUGGAUCCGGUGAGACUUUUAACCUCACGAAUUGAGAAAACCCAUCGAUUAGAAAAUCGUAACGAUGCAGCAAUUGUUGUUCGCGGUCGUAUGGCUGGAGGUCGCUGUGAUAAUCGCGUUUUCUUUCAAAACGCCGAUUAGGAAGCUUUUGAUCAUGGGGCUAGAUCGAUCGAAGCGUGGACGCGGACCAAUGGUGGUCAAAACUGUGUCGGCGACUGUUUGUGUGGUUUUGGUUUCGAGCGUUUACGGUAUGAUGAAGAUCCAGAAACGUCGGGUCGAUGACGGUUCGAAUAAUCCGACGGACGAAGUUAUAAUGGCUAAGCAUCUCCUUGAAUCGACUCUUAUGGGAGGAGUUCUUUUCCUUGGGCUAAUGAUAGACAGGUUGCAUCAUUACAUGAGAGAGCUACGUAUAAGAAGGAAGAGCAUGGAAGCUAUGAAGAAGCAAGCACUUGGUUCCGAAAGUGGAAAGUCUGGAGCUUCAGACGAAAUUAGAAAGCUUGAGGAUGAAUCAAAGUCCCUAUUGGAAAAGCAAAAGGAGUUGGAGUCUGAGCUUGAGACAAUGUCUAAAGAAGUUCGGAGUGAGGAAUCUAGUGGAGCUGCUCUGCAGAAACAGUCUGAAGGGUUUCUCACUGAGCUUAACCGGUUGCUUGAGGAAAACCAGAAUCUACGAGACCGGUUGCACAAUUUGGAUAUGAAAUCAUCAGGCUCAAGCGUCAAGAAGACUACUUGAGGUUAUAUCCAAACUUUUUUAACCUUUUUUAAGAGCUUCCUUUUGAGUUUUGUUACUGUGUUUUUGUUAACACGUGAGGUGAUUGAUGGGGAAAAAACAGAGAAUACUCGUGAAAGUGAUGCAAUCUCAGCAAAAUUGUAUUAACACGUUGUAAAUUCUUACGCAGCUAGUUCUUAUUUGUAUCCCAUGUGUUUAUGAAUUGCGCAUUAUGCGAUUUUUAUUUGUGUUUUGGGGCAAAAGCGACAUUUUGAAUCUUUUCAUCGACUUCUUUAAAUGUUUUGGCCUACAGACUGGA